CCCUCCGUGCUAACAGCGGGCUGUGUGAUUGGUUCAGGCCUCGAAAACAGCCUUCAGGAUCUACAAUGGCGACCAGGCCUUGAAUACGCACCAUGGCAAAUAUAACCUAAUUCCGUAUGUUCGGCGAAGAAAGACAACGUUUACUAGAAAAUUGAACUAAACGAACAAAUAUUACGUCUCGGUCUGGAACCCUGACUUAACCUGGCAGUUAAUAGAAUGGACCAGUGUGGAGAUGUGCUGAACUUUCAAAUGCAAGACUCGAAGCUUUCCCACACAGUCAUUAUGCAGGACUUUGUGGCAGGCAUGGGCGGCAUGGCCCACAUCGAGGGGGACCACAUCAUCGUGUCCGUCCCCGAGGCUGUGCUAGUGUCGGACGUGGAGACCGACGAGGGCUUCGCCUUCGAGCACGAGCUGGUGUCCGAGGUGGUGGAGGGGCCGGACAUUUGCUGCGGCGACGGGGUCGUCGAAGCGGACGGCAUCUCCAUCGGCGAGUCCGUCCUGGGGGCCGAAGUCGCCAUCGAGGAGGUCUUGGACUCCAGCCACCACGUGCUGACGACGGACCUCAUGGAGGAGUCUUCCGGCGUUCCCGACCAGGUCUUCGAGAUGGUCUCGGAGGAGGUCCUGGUCUCCAACUGCGACUCGGAGACGUUUGCCCACGAGGAGCAGGAGGACAUGGCAGACUCGGUUGUCACCGGCCACUCUGAGGAGCAGGACGACGAGGACGAGAGGAGCGCCUCGGAAGACUACCUCAUGAUCUCUUUGGAUGAUGUUGGGGAGAAGCUGCACAUGGAGGAUUCCCCUCUCAAGCUGAGCGCUGGGGUGUUGCAGGAGGAGGAUAGCUCUAAAGAGGGAGAUGACUCCGAGGUCAUCAAAGUGUACAUCUUCAAAGCAGAGACUGAUGAUGACGUGGACAUCGGUGGAACGGAGAUCGUGGCGGAGAGCGAUUUCCACAACGGCCAUGCUGUGCUGGAACAAGGAAGUAUGGGAAAGAUGUUGAGGGAGAAGAUGGUGUACAUGGCUGUGAAGGACCCAUCUCAGGAGGAGGCGGACAUGACCUGCAGCGAGAUGGCCGACGAGGUGUACAUGGAGGUGAUUGUUGGAGAAGAGGAGGCCCCUGCCAUCCAGGAAGUGCUGGACGACUCCAGCCAUAAGAGCUUUGCCCCUGUAGCCUGGGCUGCAGCCUAUGGUAACGGUCUGGAAUCCAGACUGGAGAACAAAACCAGUGGCGGGGGACACUACCUAAAGAUCAGCGAUAGUCUUAGCACCAGCCGAGCCCUCAAACAGAAAAUCAAAAAGAAGAGGAAGGGAGAAACCCGGCAGUGUCAGACAGCUGUGAUCAUCGGACCGGACGGCCAGCCCCUGACCGUGUACCCCUGCCACAUCUGUGGCAAGAAGUUCCGAUCGCGGGGCUUCCUGAAGUGCCACAUGAAGAACCACCCGGACCACAUGCUCAAGAAGAAGUACCAGUGCACGGACUGCGACUUCACCACCAACAAGAAGAUCAACUUCCACAACCACCUGGAGUGCCACAAGCUCACCGUCAAGAACGACCGCGUGCCCGAGUUCACCGAGUUCACCCGGCGCUACUGCGUGGCCAGCCCCCUCAGCCCCAACAAGCUCAUCCUGCGCGACAAGGAGCCCAAGAUGCACCGCUGCAAGUACUGCGACUACGAGACGGCCGAGCCGGGCCUGCUCAACCGCCACAUGCUGGCCGUGCACAGCAAGAACUUCCCGCACGUGUGCGUGGAGUGCGCCAAGGGCUUCCGCCACCCGUCCGAGCUCAAGAAGCACAUGAGGACGCACACGGGCGAGAAGCCCUUCCACUGCCGCCACUGCGACUUCCGCUGCGCCGACCAGUCCAACCUGAAGACGCACGUCAAGAGCAAGCACGGCGCCGAGCUGCCGUUCAAGUGCGGCCACUGCCCGCAGGCCUUCCCGGACGAGGAGGAGCUCCAGGGCCACAUGGACGUGCUGCAGGGCCACAAGACGCACCAGUGCCCCAACUGCGAGCACAAGAGCACCAACUCGAGCGACCUGAAGCGCCACGUGAUCUCGGUGCACACCAAGGACUUCCCUCACAAGUGCGACAUGUGCGAGAAGGGCUUCCACCGGCCGUCGGAGCUCAAGAAGCACGCCGAGACCCACAAGGUGGGCCGGCUGCACCAGUGCCGCCACUGCGAGUUUAAAACCCCCGACCCCUUCACCCUCAGCCGGCACAUACUCUCCGUCCACACCAAAGACUUGCCCUUCAAGUGCAAGAGGUGCAGGCGAGGCUUCAGGCACCAGCUGGAGCUGAAGAAGCACAUGAAGACGCACAGCGGACGCAAGGUGUACCAGUGCCAGUAUUGCGAGUACAGCUCGUCGGACGCGUCGGGUUUCAAGCGGCACGUCAUAUCCAUCCACACCAAGGACUACCCUCACCGCUGCGACUACUGCACCAAGGGCUUCCGGAGGCCCUCCGAAAAGAGCCAACACAUUGUGAGGCAUCACAAGGACAUUUUAAUGUAGAGCUUUACACCCCCCCCUCCCUCCUCUUCCCCAUCCAGAACAUUCUCCGUUUGACUAGAGCAGGGAAAUGAUUUGUAAAAUGGUAAAAGAAAUAUCAUUUGCUCACCGUUUGCGAUAUUUAUUAACGUUGUAGCCCCCAAAUUGUCAUCAGUACUCACAGAUGGGGUCUUUUCCAGCAGGCAGCAACCAGGCCCACUCUGAACUGACUAACAUCGCAGCAAACACGUUUUUCUUAUAGUUGUCUGGAUUGAUAAUGUAUUGGAUUCUGGGUUUGUGUCACGUACUAGAAUAUAUGUACUCUAUGAAUGCCAUGAAUGUUGGUUGUAACCCUCACUUUGACCUCUGAAAGUGACUCAGAGUUUGUAUAAUUUUAAGCAAAGCUAGCAAUAAGUAAUGAAAAUUGAUCAUGAUUAAUUCUAUGAGGGAAAAAACCCUGCAAUUUCUUGUAUUUUAUGUUGUCCAAGAGGGAUGUGGGCAACCAGCUUUUCACUUGGGUUUCUGCUCAUACAAAUGCUUUGGAAGAAGAAAAUAUUUGUCAAACAAGAUCUUUCCCCCUCCACGUAGGAAACGCCCAGAGCCAACGUCAUCUUCAUUGUAUCAGGUAUGAAUCAUGUAUAAGACGAUCAGUGUUCCUUUAAUCUUUACAAUAUCAGGUUUUUAAAAUCUUCACAAUGAUUGCAUUCGCGUUGAAGUCACUGUCUGCCAUAUCACUUUCCCAGUUACCCUGGUUUUUAGAACUUAACCACAGGGUGCGAACCAAAACAGUAGCUCUGCUUGUAACAGAAACCAUACAUGUUGUGCAUCCUUGACUCUCGCCUGCAUCGCAACAUGUCAACUCUGAUUCAUUUCAGGCCAUAUGCAUUCAGCUCUUUUAAUUAAAAGGGUCAAAUUAUUGUUUUGUUUAUUAAUUUAAGAGUUUUUAACACCUGAUGAUUAAAGAAUAACUAUUUGAAAGAACGUCUAUCAUGACCCCCUUUAUUUUUACUGCAGUAAUCGAGUACAGAUUCAAUAUAGCAAAGGAAAAGGAUAUUUUAAAUGUUAUAUCAGGCUCCAACAAUUUUUUGUAAACAAACACUAGAACUGUUAUUGUACUAUAUGUCCAAACACUAUUCUUAAAUAUACAGAAACAUUCUUUU